UGAAAGAUAUUUAGUUUAUAGCAAGCUGUGUUUGCCUGAUAAAGCCGUGCAAUAAAACAUUAGCAUAUUUUUAAAUAAAUAAAUCGGAAAAUAUGUUUUGUAUAAAAAGCAGGACAAUGAGUAAUUGUAAUGAUUAUUUUAAACCAAUUAUUAGUUACUGUUUUAAAUAAAGAAGUAUGAUAUGGUUUAAUCUGUGACAAAAGUAAUUUUAUAAAAUGAUUGGCUGAAAUGUUUGUUUUUUUUAAAAAGACUACAUUAUUUUUGGCAUCUUUUUGUGAGAUGUGCUAGUAUGAAGAGCUAGCUGCAAAUUUUUUGUUUAUUUUAGUAUCCAAAUUCUAGUUCUGUUUAUUAAAUUUUUAGUUAAAUCUUAACACAACAAUGGGAAAGUACAAAAUGCCCACUGUACAGCAAUUUUUGGAAAAAAAGAAAAUCUACGAUAAAAAAGAACCUGUAUGGGUUUACUUAGAGAGGGAAAUGCGAGAAAAUGUCGAUAAAAAACCUUACAACGAAAAAGUUGGCGCGUGGCUACGGUUUUUAAAGGAUUUAAAAUAUUAUUUCUACUGUGAAGAAAAACGUAAGUAUACACGGUUAGUCACAGAAGUUGGGCCACCCUGGUACUGUGAGUUAUCGAGUUCACAAAGGGAAGUUCUUCACGACUUAAAGACCAAUAUACACCAGGAUUUACUAGAGGAUAUACCAAGAAGAGUACGAAAGUCGCUAUCAGACCUUGGUAUUACCCUAAAAAUUCCGAAACCAAUACUAAUGAAAGCUAUGAAUGCAUCUGUACAAGAUCCUGGCGUUUUUAUAUGGAAUCUAUAUACCGAAUACUAUAAGAAAUCACCAAGUGAGCUACGGCCUGAGUAUGAUAUGAAUGCAAUGAUAUUAAUGUCAAGUUUGGUGUUCAUCGAUCUAGAGGAAUGUAUAGAUAGGCUGGAAAAAUUAACAGCUUGUGAAAGAGUGCCGACCAAAGUGCCAGAACCAAAGCAAAAGAAAAACACGCAACCGAAUGUAAGAUAUGGAGAGUAUUUGCAAAAAUGCUACGUACCAUGUUACAGUAGCCAUACAAAGAAAAUCACAGACAAAGAUAAGCCCUUGCCUUUGGGAUUUAAAUUCAAACUACGAAGUGUUGAGAGUUAUGAAAAAUUAUGCAAGAAUCAGUCCUUCCUCGAAAAACGAAAAGAGCGAAAUAAAAAACAGAAGCAAGAAGAAAGAGUGUGUAAUUACAAAUUUUGGGAGCCGCCGAGUACUUUGCGUAACAGAAAUCCCAAAAUGGCGGCUAUGGCCAACAAAUUAAAAGAGCUGAAGAAUAAACCAAAGCCAAAGUAUAAAGCGCCCUACAAGAACGUUCAAUAUAACAUCUGUGGGGUGGCAUUUAGUGGUGGGAAACCUAAUUAUUUAAUAAAUGGUGUGUCCUUAUUACCAACUGGUUUCGUGCCAAUAAAUGCUGGUCUUGUGAGUGUGGGCGGUGAACAAGUCACAACUAUUGUCGGAUACUGGAAAUUUCCUCGUACAGUUGUUGCAAAAUGUGACGGGACUUGUGAUUGUAAAGAGAAAUGGGAAGAGACUGUUAUGGACUAUUUACAGAAUUCGAAAUGUCGAUGUGGUCAUCUCUAUGACUACAAUAAUAAGGGCAAAGUCACAGAUAAAUAUUUCUAUCCACCAACGAGGCACGGAAAACACUGGUUUGAUUCUGCGAAAAUAUUUCAAAUGGAUUCAUUGGAAGACUUCAUUCGGGAUACUGUGAAAGACGCUCUUAUGUCUACGGAGCCUUCGCGGGAGCCCUCAAUGCCGACUCUACUACCGUCUGGUUUAAGGCUGCAAGAUUUAUUGGAGGCGUUUUUAGCAGAAUUGUCUGACACUCCACUCUUAAUUCCUCAUCUGCCAAAGGCGUGCCUCUUGAAUAACCUGUUAGAGUGGGUCCGCAAGAGGAUUAAAGGAAAAAUGACACCUGCCGAUCAUAAGAGAUUAAUCCUUCAAUCGCAAAGACGAUGGCUGGAUCUGAAACAUAUCGAUUUCCGGGCUAUAGCCUACAGAAUACCAUUCACAUUGAAACAAUUGGAACAUAUGAAUUGGUCACAUCGGUAUCUCAUACAAACACUGUUUAAAAUACUGUUGGAUAAUUUCGUAACAAGGAAUAGACUGCAACAACUUACGCAAACAAGGCUCUGGUGGACAACCACUAAAUAUGAUGUCUAUCCUAGUAAAGCUUUCUUGGACAUAUUUUUCACGUAUAUGCCUGGAAGGAUGAAAGACACAUUUUUAAUUAACCCAUACAGUUCAGAACUAACACCUAAGUAUGGGGCUAAAACCUGUCCCUUGGGGAACUAACAAAGAAAUGUUAUCUAUUUACUCGUGUUUUCUUAUGUGAAAAUGUAAAUGAAAAUACAUUGUUUAGUCUGUCUACAACAUAUUUGUUCUUUUAGAUGUAUAACACAUUAUCAAUGUUGUUAAUGUAUAAGAUAAGUGUUAAAAAAGUAGUAAAAUAUUCAUACCUAUUUCGC